CCACCACUUGCUCUGUUGCAUCUCACAGAUAAAUCACUUCAGCUCCCAGGAACAAACGGUCUCAACUCUUCGAAGAGUUCAACAGAGCUUCAUCAUGGUGUCUGGUGGAAGACAGAUUCUGGGUUUGGCGCUGGCCACCAUUGGCUUUCUGGGGAGCAUCAUCAUCUGUGCUCUCCCCACCUGGAAAGUCACAGCCUUCAUCGGCAGCAACAUUGUCACUUCUCAGGUGAUCUGGGAAGGUUUGUGGAUGAACUGUGUGACCCAGAGUACCGGCCAGAUGCAGUGCAAAGUCUACGAUUCUCUGCUGGCUUUGCCUCAAGACCUGCAGGCUGCCAGGGCGCUCGUCGUCAUCGCCAUCAUCGUCGGGAUCUUUGGGAUCCUCUUAGGUGUGGUCGGGGGCAAGUGCACCAACUUUGUGGAGGAGGAAAGGCAAAAAUCCAAAGUGGCCAUUGCUUCUGGAGUCAUCUUCCUCAUCGCAGGCCUCUUGGUGCUCGUACCCGUCUGCUGGACCGCCAACACCAUCAUUCGCGAUUUCUACAACCCAGUUCUGGUAAGCGCUCAGAAGAGGGAGCUGGGCGCCUCGCUCUACAUCGGCUGGGGCUCCGCCGGGUUGCUCUUCCUGGGGGGAGGCCUCCUCUGUAGCUCCUGUCCCCCCAAAGAUGAGACUGAUUAUGAUGUUAAGUACUCCAAGGCUCGCUCUAUAGACAGCAGCAGGGCCUACGUUUAGAUGACCAGCAAGACAGAUAAGAUUCUAUGAAAGUUUCUGCCUGUCCUAUGAAGUUGAGUCCACCAGCUGUAAUAAGUAGUCUGAAAUGUGAUUGAAAGAGAUCAAAAUGUUUGCACUAUGAGUGUGUAACUUAAGUGUGUGUUUUAGUCUUCAAAACACUCAUAUAGAAAGAAUGGCACGUGUUGUAAAAUGUGAACUAUUUUGAUUCUGUUUGUGAAUGUACACUCUUUGUUAAAGUUUUUCUUGCAUGUUUUUACACCAUUAUUUCCUAAUACGUAUUAGUUUAUGUUGUUUGUCAGAUCCUCAUCUGAUAUUCUCUGUGGCCCAUGUGGGCACAUAAAAACUGUAUAUAUAUGAAAUCUCGUCUGAUCUUUGGCUGCACUUUCUCUAACAAACUGUUUCAUGUGAUUGAUUCUCCUUCAAAUUUCCUUCCUUCAGAUUUUUUUGGCUGAUGUUUUGUUCCCUCUGUAUUACUGUUUGCUCUUCAAAUCUAGGUCAUCUGUAAGAAAUAUUUGUGAGCAUGUGAUAAUAUGUGUGUUUUUUUUUUUUUUUUUUUUUAACCAUCUCAUCAUGGCAGUUUUUUUGUUUAUUUGUUUUGUUUUUAAAAGCAGAAACAGUUACAGAGAUGACAAAUGCCUUGAGAAACUAGAACUGUAGAUCUGGUUUUGCAAGUGUUCAUGUAGGAAUCUUUACAAAACAGGUUGUGUGACAAUGCAUCCUGCCAAACACGACUAAAUAAACAGACUGAAUGACAACUGAA